AUGUCUAUUCCGAGAUCAGACAAGCCUGCGGGUGCUUCCACGCCAUAUAUCAUUCCCUCGCAUAAGGGAGAGUCCCUGACACUGCCGGGCGCUAAGAGUGCUAUCCGCAUUCUAGCAUCAGCAAAAGAAUCGGAAGGUCUUAUCUCUGUCUUCCACAUGGAUGGCGUACUGGGCGACCCGGCAGGUUUCCAUUACCACAACCAUGCCCAUGACGUUUUUACGUGCACGCGUGGUCAAUUGAAAGUUUGGGCAGGCGAUAAGUGCCGUAUUCUGUCGCCAGGCGACUUUUGCUAUGUCCCGCCGGGAAUUGUGCAUCAGCCACAGCUUCUUGGUCCAUACAAUGAGACUCUAGGGCUGGUCACCCCAGGCCAGUGGGUCGAUUUCUUCCGGUUUAUCAGCGAACAGUAUGAUGGAGUGCUUGCUCCUGAGUUCGAUUCCCGGAAUGCAAUGGCUGCACUUGGUCCUAAGAUUGGAGAGAUUACCAAGAAUUACGAUGUUAUCUUCAGGCCUGACUUUGUCGGCGCUGAGGUGGGCGAAUGGACAGAGGACGACACCAAACUUCCUGAGAGCAUACAAGCUUACUACUUAAAAGCGGACACUGGCCCAAGGUAUUUGCUUGGUGGCAUACUCAGCAGGCCGUUCAUCACUACUGCACAGAACAAUGGCCAGUUUUCUAUGACGAGCAUUGAAUCGAGCAAUAUGCUUGGAGGAAAUGUCCUGAAACACGCGUUUUCUUUCAAACACGUACACCAGGUUUACUGUGUUUUGGACGGAGCGAUCUCGGUCAGCGUGGACGGCCAAGUCGGCCAGGUUGGAGCUGGUGAUACGAUAUUCAUCCCUGCGGGUACGCAGGUCACGGUUCAGUUUGAGGCCAAGUAUGUGAGAUUCUGGUCCUUUGCGAGCGGCGAUGGCCUUGAAAAGGUGAUCGAAGAGGCUGGUGGGUCAUUUGAGGGUGUUAUUGUACCUGACGAGGCCCGGCAAGUAGAUGCGGGAAAGGUUCGAGAGGUGGCAGAAGCUUUGAACGCUAGCUUUGAACUUGGCAAUGUGCAGGAGCACAAGCUGUAA